GCAGUCACUCCAAAGUCAAAGAAGAGGCGGGUGAGCAAGAGUCCAGAAGAUGAGGCUUACAUUGAUGAUUUGAGGCUCCUGGCCCUAGGCACAACUGCAGGCAGUAUCAGUUUGUACAGUUUUGCUAAAGGAGGUCUGCAUACACAGUUGAUUGGCGGGCACUCACUGAAAGUGAAUGAUGUCUGCUGGCAUUUAUCUAAGCCACAGUUGUUCUCCUGCUCCGACGACCAGGAGGUGGUCCACUGGGACUUGAGGAAAGGCAAACAGAAACACAAAUGGAAGUGUGACUCCGCUGGUGUCCAGUCACUGUGUCAGUGUUCCCACAAUCAGCUGCUGACAGCUGGACACAAGAUCAAGCUGUGGGAUCUCAGCACAAGGACACUCCUGCAGACAUUCACAGGCCAUUCGUCUCCAGUAUUCCGCCUACUGCCAGUUUCACUGACACCUGACAACCUUGAUGCUUCAUAUGCUCUGUCUGCGGCCGUUGAUGAUAGACAUAUUAAUGUUUGGUACUGUGAUGAAUCAUCCCACGAAAACAACUCUGUUGCCUCGUUCUCUCUUCCUGAUGAACCUGUGUCAUUAUCAUUAUCAAGGCUGUCUGCUACAUCCUCGGCACUCUUGCUGUCAGUGGUCACGCGCAAAGGGGUUGUGCACAUAUUUGAACACACGUUGAAUGGGAAACGGAAGAAGCCACUAUUGUCAAAAGUUAGUAUCAAAACAUCGGUGGUGACUGAUGGCGGAGAUUCUGGGAGCACAACAGUUCCUGUCUUGUGUGCUUACGUCAACAAUGGGAAGAUUACAGUAGCUUAUGGCAGCCCUAUAAGGCCACAGUUUGAAAGUGUGGUGUACAACACAGCACAACCAGAGGUCAUCAUUUCAGUCCAGCCACAAGUGCAUGUGUUAUCAAAGGAGGAAUUUUCACAGGUGAAGCGACCAGAAAUAUCCCAGCACAUGACCACAUUAAUCCCCGCAGAUCUGCAGCCGGCACCAGCCAGCAAGAAUAAGGGCAAGAAGCGCACACGGCGCUCUUCUGUGUCUGAUUUGACCGUGGAGGAGCGGCUGAAUGCCAUGAGCUCUGAUGUCCCCAGCGAUGGUCAUGUGAGACAACCACCUGUGGCCAACACACUCAGUCGGUUACUCCAGCAAGGAUUGUUGAGUGGAGAUGCCAAAAUCCUGACGGGGGUCUUCCAAGAGACUAACGAGACAGUUGUUAAAAACACCCUGAAGAGGCUUCCUGUGUCUUUCAUUGUUCCCCUGGUGAAGGAGAUCGACAAAGGAAUGACUGGACAUGCUCAGCAUGCUUGCACUUUAAGCCGGUGGAUAUCAGCACUUGUGUCUUGUCAUACUUCGUACAUUUUAUCGGUUCCUGAGGUGAUGAACACAAUGAACCGGUUGUUCCAGACUCUGGUAUCCAGGCAAAAGUUCUACCCAAAAAUGCUUCAGCUCAAGGGACGCUUGGAGCUGGUCAAGCAGAGG